AUGGAUGCAAACGGCAAUGCAACGCAUGCUCUAUUCACCGGCGAAGCCAUGAUGGUUUCCCCAGCACGCUCCACUGCAUCCACCGUCAUCCCACCUCGUUCGUCCACGCUCAGGCCUGUGACAAUUAAACAGCUUUAUGAUGGGUUCCUGCAGGACAUCGAACGUUACCCUAUUUUAAUUGAAGGGGAGCCUGUGUCAUCGGCAAAGUUAAAACCAGCCGCAUCAACUGUGUUCCCCAAGAGGCCAGCAAUCACACCCACCGAGGUGCCAAUGGAAUUGUCAACGAAGGACAAGAUUUUCACCAUACUCCGUGACCCGGCGUAUAGGGAUAUCGCGCAUGGCGUCAGCCUGAAAUUGAUUCGCAGUGCAUUAGACAUCAGUCAGGACGAAAUAAUGAAAGUUAUCUCGGAGCAGAUUUAUCUCGGCUUGAUCUACACAACGGUCGACGACAACCACUUCAAGUCUUCCAUCUGAAACUGCGGAUGCUCCGUUUCAUGGAUUAAUUAGAGUUAUUAUGUACUGCACUCUCGAAUGUUUAAUUAUA